AUGAAAAUGAAAUCGUCGGUGUGUGUGUGUGUGUGUGUGUGUGUGUGUGUGUGUGUGUGUGUGUGUGUGUGUGUGUGUGUGUGUGUGUGUGUGUUCUGCUUAAAAGGAAAUAGAGCACAGGCGAACGCAAUGCCCUUUCAUUUGGAUUGCGUGAGGGGUUUCAAUGAGCACCAGGCGCAGCAGCAGCAACCCGAGCGAGGUCUGAGUCGUUGCAUCAUUGACUCCUCGCGGCUGAGCGGCGUCCCGUCCAAAUCCUUCACCAGCCCCACCAAGAUCAAAUAUGCCUGGGCCGCCAUCUUCUUUCUCGGGGCAGUGGCCAUGACUGGUGCACGUCUGGGUUUGGACGCCGCCAAGAAGGAGCAUCUGCGCAAAGAGAUGGAGCGCGAGCGCGCCGAGCGUGCUCAGCUCAAGUCGCAAGUCUGA